CAAGAGGCUGAGAUGAAGCCAAGCCCACUUCUGUGUGAUGCACGCCUCGACGUCGCGUCCAGAGAUCUGAUUGGAGGAUGUUAACUUUCUUUAAUUAAUGACAGGUGUGUAACAGUACACUGUACAGGAGUACUGUGUGUAGUACUGCUGCAGUGUUGGAGUAUUGGUCCUUAACCAGUUUGAACUGGUUCUCAGAGGAGAGACGGUAAAGAACAACUGGGAGAUUUCUUUGGAGGAUCCAACUCGUAUGCAGAGUGUUACCCUGCUACGAUGGACGACCUGGCUGUGGACAGUGAUGAGGAGGUGGACUACAGUAAGAUGGACCAGGGCAAUAAGAAGGGUCCUCUGGGUCGGUGGGACUUUGACACUCAGGAGGAAUAUUCAGAUUAUAUGAACAACAAGGAGGCGCUGCCAAAGGCUGCCUUCCAGUACGGCAUCAAGAUGUCUGAGGGCAGAAAGACUCGGCGCUUCAAGGAGACCAAUGAGAAAGCAGAACUGGACCGACAGUGGAAGAAGAUCAGUGCUAUCAUAGAGAAGAGGAAGAAGAUGGAAGCUGAUGGGGUUGACGUGAAGAGGCCUAAAUACUGAAGACUUCCUCAUUGUCCUACAGGAUCAAUAGUGAUCAGUUAUUGAUCUGUGAUGUGAUUAUUAGUUUUAGUUAAAAACCUUAAAUGAUCACCUUCUGUGGUUUUAGCUUCAUUAAAAAUUUACAAAGUUUGUCUGUUGGUAACCUGAUAUCUGAUGUUAUUGAUUACCUGAUGUUAUUGAAUCAUCAUUAAACAUCAAUGAAACCGA